AAUUUUACUGUGAUAUGGUUUCUUGCUGCAGCCACUGGUUUCCUGCCUACAGUUUUUCUCUAAACCCUUGCUGUUUUUCGACCUGCAGCGGCACACGCUGAUUUUGCUUUGUGCUUUUCAUUUUCUCCUCGCUGACCAUUAAACAUCAUCAUGGCAGAUUCAGAAGCUGUUAGAGCCCAGUCAACUGUCUUGAUGGGUGAUGCAGCAAGGAGAUCUCCAGAAACACCCUUAUAUCAGAAGAAAAGAUUUUGGUGUUUGAUUGCCGGUGUGAUUGCCGUGUUUCUUAUUGGAGUUUGGAUUUAUAAAGCCACAGUAAAACCCAUCGAUUCUUGCUAUCCUAAAGCAGCAGUGGCUGCAGAUGCCGUGAAUUGCUCUCAGGUUGGGAGGGACAUCUUGUUGUUGAAGAACGGCUCAGCGGUUGAUGCAGCUAUUGCUACUCUAUUGUGUGUGGGUCUGUAUAACUCUCAAAAUAUGGGAAUAGGAGGAGGAGUGGUCUUCACUAUAUACAAUGCAUCUACAGGAAAGGUGGAGACAAUCGAUGCCAGAGAAACUGCUCCACAGAAAUCAUCAAAAAACAUGUUUGACAAAGACCCCCAGAAAACAGAAUCAGUAAUAGGAGGACUGGCCAUCGCUGUUCCAGGACUACUCCGAGGUUUCAUGAUGGCACACAAAAGACACGGCAGACUAGAAUGGAAAGAUCUGUUUCAGCCCAGUAUAAAGAUGGCACGCAAGGGUGUUAAAAUUGGCAGUGCCAUGGCUGAAGCCCUCGAAGAGAAAAGAGAAAGGAUUGAGAAUGACAAAAUAUGGUGCGACGUGUUUUGUGAUUCAAACAAUAAAACCCUUAAGGAAAAUGAUACGAUAAAACUUCUCAAACUAGCCGACACAUAUGAGCUUAUAGCAAAUGAAGGACCAGAUGUCUUUUACAGUGGAUCACUGAGUCAGAAAAUAGUGAAGGACAUCCAGGCCGCAGGAGGAAUAAUAACAUCUGAGGAUCUACGGGAUUAUGAACCAAGGGUGCAUGAAUAUGCAUUCAACUUUACUAUGAGGAAUUAUACAUUUCACGUUCCUAAUGCUCCAUUCAGUGGACCCGUGCUCGCUAUGAUCCUCAAAAUACUCGACGGUUACAACAUCACACGCAACAGCAUACAGACAAAUGAGAGGAAGAUUUUGACAUAUCAUCGUAUAAUUGAAGCUUUCCGCUUCACUUACGCCCGAAAGAGUGAACUUGGAGAUCCUCAAUUUGUCAGCAUCACUGAUAUCAUUCAAAACAUGACUUCAGACGAGACUGCAAGAAGCAUCAGAAGUAGGAUAGAUGACACCACCACCAAACCUGACAGCUACUAUGGGAAAGAUAUCUCUCCGCCUUACGACUCUGGGACGUCUCAUCUGUCUAUCAUUGCAGAAGAUGGCAGUGCUGUGGCCGUCACCAGCAGCAUCAAUGAUCUUUUUGGCUCUAUGGUGAUGUCACCCACAACAGGCAUCAUCUUUAAUAACCAGAUGAGUGAUUUCAGCCGUCCUAAACAAGAAAACAACAUUAAUAUGAACAACUUAAUUCAACCAGGUAAAAGACCACUUUCAUCGAUGUGUCCCACAAUAAUAAUGGACAACUCGCAACCAAAACACAAACGGGUCAAAAUGGUGGUUGGAGCUUCAGGUUGGACAAGAAUCCCCACAGCAAUUGCACAGGUGGUCCUCAACUAUCUGUUCUUUGACUAUGACUUGAAGAAAUCUGUUGAUGAACCCAGAGUUCACAAUGGGUGGAAACCAAAUGUGACAUAUAUAGAAGAAAACUUUGAUGAGUCUGUGCUUGAGGGACUGAGGCAGAAGAAUCAUGAUAUAAAUCUGAAUCAAUCGGUGGCAGAAGUCCAGGUAGCUGUACGACAGGGCGACAGAAUCUGUGCUGUAUGUGACUGGAGGGAAGGCGGAUUUCCUGCAGGAUACUGAAUCACUCCUGUACACACGCUCCUGCAGUCACAUGUGACAGGCCAAAGUUUGCCGUUUAAAAAUGAAAGCUGUUAUUAUCUAUUAUUGUGCUAACUGAGUAAUCAGAAAAUUAUUUUGAUUCAUUAUUUUUAAUAGUAUGCAAUAAAAACAGACACACA